GCCAGGCGGCGCGCGCGCCCCGCGCCUCAGGGGCGGCGGCGGCGGCGCGGCCAUGGCGGACCGGCUGACCCAGCUGCAGGACGCCGUCAACUCGCUCGCGGACCAGUUCUGCAACGCCAUCGGAGUGCUGCAGCAGUGCGGCCCGCCGGCCUCCUUCAGCAACAUCCAGACGGCCAUCAACAAGGACCAGGGCGUCAACCCCACGGAGGAGUACGCCCAGCUGUUCGCAGCUCUGAUCGCUCGCACCGCCAAGGAUAUCGAUGUUCUCAUAGAUUCCCUGCCCAGUGAAGAAUCCACAGCAGCUUUGCAGGCUGCGAGCCUGUACCGGCUGGAGGAGGAGAACCACGAGGCGGCGGCGCGGCUGGAGGAGGUGGUGUACCGCGGGGAUGUGCUGCUCGAGAAGAUCCAGAGCGCCCUGGCCGACAUCGCCCAGUCGCAGCUGAAGACGCGGAGCGGCACCCACAGCCAGCCCCUGCCCGACUCGUAGCGUGCCCGAGAGCCUCGGGAGCGCCUCUGGAUGCGCCGGGAGCGGAUGGGCUGGCCCGCGCCUCCCGCGGGGCUGCUCCGCGCUCUGCUCCCCGCCCGGAGCGGCGGCUCUGGCACAGCUCGGCUGCGGGGUUUGUGUGAGAAACGCUUCUACGGGGCUCUGUUACGGAUCUGCGUGGGUUGAUGUGUGUUUCCUUGGCUUAGAACGAGCUUUCUGUUCACGAAUAUGACUUCAAUCGAAUUUGUUACAUAUUAGAAGUAUUUGCAUAAAUUAAUCCCACUGUGGUCAUGGUAUGUUUUUCUGUAAGCCUCAGACACACACAAGUUGGGCAGAGUUCCCUGGAGACAGCGCUGUGAAUGCAGUGAUGGUCAUGUUUUAAUUAACAGCACUGGUAAUGUUGAUUGGCUGGUUUACAACCUUUUACAGAGCAUAUGAAAGGAUAGGUAAACUGAUGCUUACAGAGUGAUUGUUCUUGUCAUUGGCAUCACAUUUACAAAGAAAUAAACCUGCAGGUGUCUGAUAUUGACAUAUAUUCUUUGUAAUUCACAAAUGAACCUUUGAGUCCAUCGUUGCUGCUGACACACUUGCUCUUGCUUGUGCUAUUUCUCUGCUUUUACUGAUAUUCUCUUGGCAACUGGUGAGCGCCUCUAAAGCAGGCAGUGAUGAGGAAGCAUUGGAUGACUGGAUAAAAAUCAGCAGUGAGAAAACUGAAAAUAGCUUAUUACAUAAAGUUGCUUUUCAGUGUAAGCAGUGGCUGCCAUAUGAAUACUGUGAUCAAAAGCAGCAAGAUUCCUGUUGUCCCCAAGGUGCUCUACAGAGGCGUAUUUAUCUUCACACAAUCACAGAAUGAAUUUCUUCUCUUUGAUGUAGGACUACAGAAAUACUAGUAUCACUUAUGAUAUUUAAAAUAAAACCCAACACCAAACCAGCAGCUCGUGUAGGCUUCAAAGCAUGAACUUGGGGUUAAACUUGCUCAUUUUCUGUUGUUUUGAGUUACCAGCCUUGUUAUUGCAGGAUGUUGUUUGUUGCCACAUAACAUCAGCUCAUUUCUUGAUCAAAACUGCCUGUUUCUGUAUAUUGGCUACGUUGUCAUUGACUUGAAAGUUACACAUAUUGCUAAUGCAGAGACAAAUCAGAGCAAUUUAAAAAUGCCUUUAGCAUGAAACAAGUGUAGCACAGCACAAUGUUUGGAGGAUUAAGAAAGAGAAAGGUGUUCCUACCUCUAACAAAUACAAAAACUGGAAGUACUUAAUGAGACUGGUAUUUCAUUGCUUAAUAAUAUUUUACAAAAUGUGCA